AGGACCUCAGCGGCCGCCCAUGCCGAGCUGAGUCCGCGGAGCCGCGGCCGCUUCCCGUUGCCGUCCGCCGCCGCCUUUGCGGCCUGCCGCCCGCCGGGAUGCUGGAGGAAGCGGGCGAAGUGCUGGAGAACGUACUGAAGGCGUCGUGCCUGCCGCUCGGCUUCAUCGUUUUCUUGCCCGCCGUGCUGCUGCUCGUGGCGCCGCCGCUGCCCGCCGCCGACGCCGCGCACGAGUUCACCGUGUACCGCAUGCAGCAGUACGACCUGCAGGGCCAGCCAUACGGCACACGGAAUGCAGUUCUCAACACGGAGGCACGCACAGUGGAUGCAGACGUGCUAAGCCGCCGCUGCGUGCUCAUGCGGCUUCUGGACUUCUCCUACGAGCACUACCAGAAGGCCCUGCGACAGUCAGCGGGCGCCGUGGUCAUCAUCCUGCCCCGUGCCAUGGCUGCUGUGCCCCAGGACGUUGUCCGGCAAUUCAUGGAGGUCGAGCCUGAGAUGCUGGCCAUGGAGACGGUGGUCCCCGUGUACUUUGCCGUGGAGGACGAGGCCCUGCUGGCCAUCUAUGAGCAGACACAGGCCGCCUCUGCCUCACAGGGCUCCGCCUCCGCUGCUGAAGUGCUGCUGCACACGGCCACAGCCAACGGUUUCCAGAUGGUGACCAGCGGAGCGCAGAGCCAGGCGGUGAGCGACUGGCUUAUCACCAGUGUGGAGGGACGGCUGACGGGGCUGGGAGGUGAGGACCUCCCCACCAUUGUCAUCGUGGCUCACUAUGACGCCUUUGGGGUGGCCCCGUGGCUGUCGCUGGGCGCCGACUCAAAUGGGAGCGGCAUCUCGGUGCUGCUGGAGCUGGCGCGACUCUUCUCCCGCCUCUACACCUACAAGCGCACACAUGCAGCGUACAACCUCCUGUUCUUUGCAUCCGGCGGGGGCAAGUUCAACUACCAGGGCACCAAGCGCUGGCUGGAGGACAGCCUGGACCACACAGACUCCAGCCUGCUGCAGGACAACGUGGCCUUCGUGCUGUGCCUGGACACCGUGGGCCGCGGCAGCCACCUGCGCUUGCAUGUGUCCAAGCCACCACGAGAGGGGACGCUGCAGCACGCUUUCCUGCGUGAGCUGGAGACGGUGGCCACCCACCAGUUCCCGGAUGUCAGCUUCUCCAUGGUGCACAAGAAGAUCAACCUGGCGGAUGACGUGCUAGCCUGGGAGCACGAGCGCUUCGCCAUCCGCAGGCUGCCCGCCUUCACGCUGUCACACCUGGAGAGCCACCGCGCCGGGCCACGCAGCAGCAUCAUGGAUGUGCGGUCCCGAGUGGACUCCAAGACCUUGACUCGGAACACGCGGAUCAUCGCUGAGGCCCUGACCCGGGUCAUCUAUAACCUGACGGAGAAGGGGACGCCCCCAGACAUGCCGGUGUUCACAGAGCAGAUGCAGGUCCAGCAGGAGCAGCUGGAGUCCGUCAUGGACUGGCUCACCAACCAGCCCCGGGCCGCGCAGCUGCUGGACAAGGACGGGACGUUCCUGAGCACGCUGGAGCACUUCCUGAGCCGCUACCUGAAGGACGUGCGGCAGCACCACGUGAAGGCUGACAAGCGGGACCCCGAGUUCGUCUUUUAUGACCAGCUAAAGCAGGUGAUGAACGCGUACAGGGUCAAGCCAGCCAUCUUCGACCUGCUGCUUGCUGUGUGCAUUGGGGCAUACCUCGGCAUGGCAUACACAGCCGUCCAGCACUUCCACGUGCUGUACAAGACGGUGCAGAGACUGCUGCUCAAGGCCAAGGCGCAGUGACAGCAGCUGUGCGCAGGUGGCCGGGGAGGACUGGCCCAGACACCCGGAGCGCCAGCCCGAAGCACAGGGCUCUCGGCCACUGGGACGCAGGGCUGCCUCUCCCUGUCCAUUUCCUUGAACUUCCCCAGAGGAGAGCCCUGCUGACCCACAGAAGAGCCCACUGGGACGGAUGGUGGCCCCGGCCACGUGCACUGAAGGGCCACACGCCAGUGUUGGCUUCCCCAGUGGCCAGAUCCCAGCACCUGCGCCCCGCAUCUCAGAGGCGGUCCCAGUCAGCCUGCCUCUCCCUGGCGCUGGCCAGCACCUGACCUGUCUCCGUGUUCUUCCCCACCCCCCUGUCCCGCCUGUUGCCACCUCAGCCACCACGGGACCCACCUGGUCCCCCGCUGGAUCUGAGCCACUGGAGGUUCCGGCCUCCACAUCCCCUCCCCUCAUGCAAGUGUCCCUUUUCCCUCGGCCCAGGUGCUGGUGACAGGGCUGGAGCGGCCUGGUCAGAGAAUGCAGCCCUGAGGUCUCCCUGCCCAUCCCCCACCUUAGUUUCCCUGCCUGUGAUGCAUUCUGGGGAGCCAGUCACAGUGUCUGAUGGAACAGCCAGGCCCAGCACAGCCCUCGGUGUCCCCACCAACAGCACAGCUUUCGGGGGGAGGGGAGGACAUCCGUGCUGGCAGACGACCUCAGGGACCCCACGGUGAAUCGAUUCGAUAGCAAUAUGACCCAGGAGGUGUCAGGCUAGGAGGGGCAGCUGGGGACCAGCGUCUUGCGUCCUUCUAGCGCCUGCUGAGGCCUGGUUCACCCCAACCCUCUGCAGGCUGCCUUUGUCCUGCCACAGCAUUGGCCGCCACCCUGGUGGCACUCGUGUCAUAGGGCUGUAAGGUCAGCCCGCCGCCCUGGCCCUGAACAGUCGCCUGUGGACUGUGCCUGUGCACAGCCUCCUUCUCUACCCUUGUCCCGGCAGCUGGUUAUGGGUCUGAGGCCAGUGCCACCCCGCCUGCCAGGGAAAAGUCGGACACAGCGCAUGUGCCGCCUCCCUCUGUCCCGACAGGUCAUAGGGAUGGGUGACUGCCGGAGUGGCUGGGGGUCUGCAGUUGGCGGGUUACAAAAUAAAAGCCAUAUUGAAGGA